UCGGCUUGUAAUCAUUGGGCGGAGCGUGACUAUCGGACUUGCACCGUUGUCUGCAGUGAUAUCAUAACACUGCAAUAUGGAGAAGCGCUCAAAUGACCGCCACCCGUCUCCAUCCCUGGGCAACCGACAGGUGCUCUAACUGGGCCAGAAAGAAGGCAUGGGGAGUAAAAGGAGGAGGAAGGAUGCCAGCUGAGCCCUUCAUCCCACAUCUCAAACCACUGCCAGCAUCAGAAUAAGAGGAAAGAUCGGAGAAAAAUGUCUCAGUCCGCUACAAGGCCGGAGACUUUAGGAGCCAUGGAUCAUGAGCCUCAGAGGGACAAGACCAGGACCAGCUACUUUGGCAAUGUCAAGACCAGGCUGGGGUCGAAGCUGCCGGCGGGGGUCUCUCAGCCUCCACACUUCACAAAGAGGACAUGGGAGAUGCAGCCUCAGGCCCGAGCGCCACAGCAGCCCACGGCGAGCAGCCAGCGUCAGCACCAACCUAUGGCGGGGAGGCCUCUGAACCACAUCCCCUACAUCAGAAAUCCCAAAUUGCGGCAGUACUACCUGCAGGGAACCACAUGGGAUCAAAACAAUGCAACGGUGAAGCAAGAACUGAGUGGAUCAUCAGAUGACAGCACAAGCAGCACGGGUCUCCCAGGGGACACCGUGUUCAGCAUCUCAUCUCAGUUCCACAGUAAUGGUACGUCCUCAGCAGAGGAAGGCAAAAUGGGCCACUGUCCUCCUCAAACCUCCUUAAAUACGUCGUCCUCGUCUGCUACGCUGAUCCCUAGAGAGCAGCUGGUCGUCCCAAAGGAAAAAGCUACUUCUGCAGCACAGAGGGACAUGGACGCUGUUCUUCAGCCGAAGAUGGAGGAGAAAGCUGAUCCAGACUCUUUGGAUCUCCUCCCUGUUCAGCCUCAGUCACCCUCACCUGAAGCAGAAUAUGACAAACUACUGGAUGUGGAGGCAGUGCCAAUGCCUGAUGGACAGCUCUGCUUAUUGGCUCUUCCUCCAGAGUGCUGUCAGGGGGAGGGACCAGAGGCCAUGCCGUACCUUAAACUGUUCUGCCGCUACAUCACUGACCGCAAGGGUGUGGUUUCUGGGAUCCUCUUGGUGACGUCUAAUAAGAUUUUCUUUGAUCCGUGUAAAACUCACCCUCUGGUUAAGGAAAACGGUUGCGAGGAGUACCUUCUGUCUUGCUCUGUUGACAAUCUGGCAUCUGUUGCCUUCUUUUCUGAUAUCACACAUGUUCACUUCAGCAGCUCUCAGCAGAGGAGAAAAGGAAAGACGAUUUUCCAGAAGUUUAAAGCAACUAAAAGCCGAGCAGAUGGCCAGUCAAACCACAAAGGGGAAAUAGUGCCAGCUCUGGUAUCUGUUCCAACUGAAUCCUCAAACCUGGCUUUGAGCCUGACUCAGGAUGCUUCUGGAGAAGAGGAAGCUGAGAGCAGAGACAUGGCCGAGGCAGAGCAGGAGAUGGAUAGGGGCAUGUUGGACGUCCUGUCUGAGCCGUCUGUAGGCGCCCUGGGGGUGGCGGUCCUGAGCAGCGCCGCCACCUUUUGUUGUGGAGGACAAGAGGCGACAAGUAAAGUGAAGACAGAGCUGCUGCACGUUAAUGAAGCAGAGAAGUCGUCUGUGAAGAGUCAGACUGAAGUGUGUCGAAGGUCAUCUGUAGGGAGUCCUGGGAGUUUGAUGUUUGUGCGGCUGCGGGUUCAGCCAUCAGCAGGAAAGAAAAAAGGUGUCGGAGGCCUUCAGCUGGGGUCGGCCAAAACACUACCCAGAAGAGAGGCUUGGCUUGCACUUUCACAAGAGAGCUCAGAUGAGUUGUACGCCUACCUUACACACUGUCGACCAGACCUGUGCAUUCUAGAGGGAACAGAGGAGGAGGGAAAGGCCGACCGUGACGAAGAGGAAUUUGUUCUAAUCGAGGAUAGUCAGGAGGAGGAGGAGGAGGAGGAAGAGGAGGAGGAUGUAUUCCAGAGACACCGAAGCUCAGGGGAAGACUGGGAGAUGGUGUUGAUGGAGGACAACGGGGAUAAGCCGACCCUGGUCAUAGACAGGGAACCUAUAGGGCUCAGUAAUAUCGUAGAGCACAGCCAUAUUUUGGAAGCAUCGCUCGUCAGAGAGCUGUAUAAGGAACUGCCACCAAAGAUCAUGUGUUAUAAGUGGCAUCUAACGUACAGCACGUCGCGUCACGGCGCCAGCCUCAAGUCCCUGUACAGGAAAGUCGGAGCCACCGACUCUCCCGCGCUUGUCGUCAUUAAGGAUGCACUCAGUGAGAUAUUCGGGGCUUACCUUUCUCAUCCGCUGAGGCCCAGUGAGAAGUUCUACGGCACAGGAGAAACUUUUCUUUUCAUGUUACAUCCUCGCUUCAAGUGUUUCAGAUGGACUGGAGAAAACUCCUUUUUCAUAAAAGGCGACCUGGACUUCUUUGCCAUUGGUGGAGGCUGUGGUCAUUUUGGUCUGUGGGUGGAUGAGAACUUGUACCUGGGUCGCAGCAGCCCCUGCUACACCUUCAACAACUGUUGCCUCUCAGAAACCGACGACUUCCGGAUCAUGGAGCUGGAGGUGUGGACGUUCGGGUGACCGCCGAGUCCGUCCUCAUUGACGAUCAGCUUUAUCAAGACAGCAUUUAUCACCGAGUACGAACAUGUGGCUGCUCAUUCAUUUCAUGGUGUAACCCAUGUCAAAUAUCAACCACUAACUGCUGGAUUCCUUUGUGAUUAAAUGCUGUGGACUUUAGCGACCUGAAACAAACCGGUCACUGUCCAAGAUUGCUCUGUAUUGAAGGACUGUUUCAUAGUUGACUCAUUCCUGUGGGUUUGGCAACCAAUCUGAGGUCUGCUGUUCUCUGCUGUGAUGAAACUGGAUUCUUUGAGUCUGUAUUUUUGAAUGGAAUGGGUUACAAAUCUCAGAGACUGCACUUUGCUCUUCAUGUGGAUCAGUAACUCCAUGAUAUCUAAUCAUUUUUCAUGUCAACAUGGUGGCACCUGUCUUCUGCAUGUCUUCACAUUCGCAUAGCCGUCAAGAAUCUCCAAUUAGUCUAACAAAUAUCUCUAGAUUUAAAACCAAACUGCACCUGCAAUACAACAGCCUCACAUGCACUGGAUUCUUUUUCUCAGCCAUAAAUCGUCUGUAGGGGCUCAACAGCAUAAAUAAUCUAUAAAUAAAUGCUGUAAGAUCACUCGGAGCUCAAAAGCUUCUCAACUCAUGAACAUCUGUACAAAGAAUGAAUCAUAAAGGCUUAGUCAUGAUUCAAGUGCUGACUUACACACCACUGUGGUUUCUGAACAUGAACGGAAGAAUCUCAAGAAUUAGACUGAGUUCACCAUUGAAUUGUAUCUGUAAAACACUCACAGGGCUCUGAUAAACCAAUCCUAUUUGCUUACAUUGUACAGUAUUGUAGGUUAGUUAAUAAAAAAAAAAUCUGAAGUAUGGAAAAA